CUCCGCAUUCUUGGUUGGAGCUAUCAACGCAACUCUUACCCCCACCACUUGAAACGAUUUCCGAUAUCUAGGUCCGCCAUGGUGAACGUGACAGCCGCAUCAGUUGCGGCUACAGCGCAGCCUCUCAUCGAUUGGGUAGCAGCACAUCCGGGUCAAGCAGCUCUCUAUACAGUCAACGGCGUUGUUCUUCUCGCGCCUGCUGCCGCCACUGCACCCAUCUUUGCUGCGUUUGGUUUGACUGCUCUAGGGCCUGCCGGUGGUAUGUCGGCCCGAACUCGUACGGAUGCUCCAUUCUAAUAGACAACAGGUU